AUGAAGUUGAAUAAAUGGUGCGAGUUUGUUGAAAAGAAAAUUGGAGGCGCGUUUGCGAAAUAUGGAAGAUUCGUUUCAUGUCAUGCUUGGAAAAUAAUGAUUAUGACAAUCAUUGUAAACGGAGCGCUUGGAAUUGGAAUGAUCAAGCUUCAAAAAGACAUUGACCCAAGAAAUUUAUAUCUUCCACAAGGAACAGAAGCACGCAAAGAUCGUGCCAGAGUUGAUGAUAUUUUUCCAAAUUUGAGUGGCUCAAACUUCAACCCCUUAACAGUAUCGAUAGUGGAUGGUCUUUAUGCAAGGGUUAUUAUUCGAUCUACAGCUGGCAAUCUGCUUAAUAGAACUGUUCUAGAGGAAGUGAAAAGAAUGACUGAUUUUAUUAAAAGAAUAGAAGCAAAAGACGGUAUCGGGACAGCUAUAAAGCGCUAUACAGUGGAAGUGAUAAAUUUGAGUUUGCGGUACUGUCAUUAUGACUCCGUGGACGAGGAAUUAAACGCUACUAUAUAUGGAGAUAUAACAUUAAUAGAGGCAACUCUAGUUUUGAUGAUCACAUACGCAUGCGUGGCUUCACUGUCUUAUAGACUGACUGACCAGGUUGGACAACGUAUGUGGCUUGGUUUUGGUGGAAUUUUGGCUGCAGGAUUAGCAAUUGUUUCUAGUUUCGGACUUUGUGCAGCCUGUGGCGUAGAUUUUGUCAGUACUGUUGGAAUAGUGCCUUUUUUAAUCAUAGGCAUAGGUAUAGACGACAUGUUCAUUCUGCUGUCCGGUUUAUCAGAAGCACAGACAAGGCACUCAGUAGAAGAUAAAUUGGCGGAGACAUUACGUAUAUCCGGUGUUGGAAUAACAAUAACCUCCGUUACGGACUUGAUUGCUUUUUUGGCUGGUGCUGGUUCAAGUUUUAUUGCUGUUAGAAACUUUUGUAUUUACACAGUGUUUAAGGAAGUCUAA